UGCAUUCCAGACAAUGCUAUAUCAAUAUGCUUUGUAGCAAAGGACACUUCAAGAACUUAUCCAACCCAUAUGAUCCUUCUAGUCGUUGACAUAUUUUAGAAUCAAGAUCGGCCAUUCUAAACACCGGCGGCCAUUUUUGACCACCUUCCAGCAAUUUCUGCCAUUUUCUGCCACUUUCAGCCACUUGUGGCAGAAAGCGGCAGAAAUUCGAUCAAUCUCGAUUUUUCCCAUCGCUGGAUGAGAGGGCAAUAAUAGAGGCCGUAAUUUGAUCAUAAGGCAAUCAUGGAGGUCAAAAACGACAACAGGGCAAUCAUAGAGGCUGAUCAAACCCAAAUCAAAGCCAUCAGCAGCAGCUGACUUAAUAAUCACAACAAAACUUGACUUGACCUGGAAAUGAAGUCAAACGAGGAAGCGCAAGGUUAGCAAACUCUAGGAAACUGAACUCCAUUACACAAUUUGCUAUAUCGUAAAUGUGUUGAAAUGCCCAAUUACAAACUCAAGUGAUUUCCAUAUUUGCAGAAUAUGAAUUAGCUAAACUAAAAAUACAAAUGAUAAUUCAUGUGGUUUGGCGUUGCAAUUGGUCAAGUCAAGACCCAGCCAAUAUUCACCAAGUUCAUUCACCAAAAGCAAGACUGGUAGAGCCACCCUGGAAAUUAUCAGCUAACUAGUCAGUUCAAACAAUGAUCGAGGAGAAGGAAUGGUGAAAUUUCAAGAAUUCGAUGUAUUGAGACUCAUUAUUGCUAAACUUGGACAACUAGCAGCCUUCUGAGCCAUGUAAAAUCAUUGUCCAAACCCUAUUGUGACAGUUAAACCUUCAAAAGGAGGAUGUUUUCUUUUUAUGAGUAUUCAUUAGUCCAAUUUACUUGUGGAUGAGCCAAUCAGAUGGUCCACCAACUCACUGCCACACCUUUUAGGACCAGAGGACAUUGGCCAUAUGAUGGCAAUUAAAAUGAAGAGAGUGCCAAAAUUGGAUGCACUUAUUGGUGACAGUUGGUUGAAGUCUGACCCCGAGUAUGAAUACAAUGACAUUGAACCAGACUCAGAAUUGUUUGAAACAAUAUCCAAAGAGGACAAAUCAAAGACCGUGGAUGAACAUCUUCGAAAGGCCCUUAACGACAUCAAAGAACAAAACGAGGCCUACAGAAGGAAAAAAUCCCUGUUUUACUGUCGCCCGUCCAACAUUGAUCUUUUGACGAAGCAAACUAGGCUUGGAGGGUUCAUAAACAAAAGUCGGAGAAGUUCAAGUGUGUUUGGGAGUGGGGCUCCAUCUUUUAACGUCCAGAAAUCUGCGGAAUACUUGUCCUCUUUAAUGCAAAAGCUAACAAAAGAAGGCGGUACCCUACCAGAGUUUCAUACUGAGAAGAAAUUCCGAACGGGAGUUAGGGAUCAAGGAGAGAAGCGCCAUUGCUGUGCCGUGUUUGCUUUGGUGGCUGCCAUUGAGACAGCCGUCCUCAUUGCCAAUCCAAAUCAGAAAAACGACUUGCAUUUGUCGGAGCAAGCACUUCUAAAUUGUGCCACUUCAUACGACAAUAACCGUGGUUGCGAAGGAACCUCGUCUUUGGAUACGUACCUCAAAUGUGUGAUGGAAAAGUGCGGAGGCCAACUACCUUUAGCGAAGGAUGUUCCUUAUAAAGAAAAGCAGGAAAACACAAAUGAUACAACAAUGCCCGACAAUUAUGACUCAGGAGUCAAGGUGACGGGUUGGUACUCUUGGGAAAAGUUGACGGAUGAUGAAAUGAAAGCCUUACUUUUAAAGCAUGGCGCUGUUGUAGUGGUCAUCUAUACGGGAGAUAAAGGUUCCACUCUCCAGAAUGCAUUGGAAACCUACGGCGGUGGAAUAUUUGACUUUUCUUCAUUUCAAAAAAGAGAUACUGAGAAGAAGCAUGCAAUCACUCUCGUUGGUUUUGGGAUUCAUCAAGGCACACCUUAUUGGGAGAUCAAAAACUCUUGGGGAACUGGUUGGGGAAAUGAGGGCUAUAUGAAAAUAAAGCAAGGAAGUAAAAUCAUCACGGAUGUGACUAGAUUUAAACUCAUGUCUUGCCAAUAGCUCUCUCUAAUCACAAUUCACAAUUCAAUUUCGCAUAGCAUGUAGUGGUACCAAUUGUGGAAAAAACCCUUCCAAAAUGACCUGUUGUGAAGCGGUGCUCUUAUUUGUGAAUUACACGUUCCCCUAUGAACCUGA